UUCCCUGAACUUGCUGUGGGUCUCCCUGCCCGCGGGGCCUGGCCGGCGCUCAGGAGUUUGGCAAAUUCCCAGCACUUUGGGCGUCGCUGAGGCCUGGGAAGAUAAUCGCUUGCCAGCAUGGACCCUCUGUCGGAGACAAACGGCACCUUUGCCCUGAACGUCCUGAAGAUGCUUGGUGAGGACAGCUCGAAAAAUGUGUUCUUCUCGCCCAUAAGCAUCGCGUCUGCGCUGGCCAUGGUCCUCCUGGGGGCAAAGGGAAACACUGCGGCCCAGAUGGCCCAGGCACUUUCCUUAAGUAAAAGUGGAAACAGUGGCACUGGGGACAUCCACAAGGGCUUCCAGUUGCUUCUCGCCGAAGUGAACAGGACUGGCACGAAGUAUCUGCUUAGGACAGCCAACAGGCUCUUUGGGGAAAAGUCUUGUGAUUUCCUCUCAUCUUUUAAAGAUUCCUGCCGCAAAUUCUACCAAGCAGAGAUGGAAGAGCUUGACUUUAUGAAUGCUGCAGGGGAGUCCAGAAAGCACAUAAACACCUGGGUAGCCAAAAAGACAGAAGGUAAAAUUACAGAGUUGCUGUCUCCAGAUACCGUUAAUUCACUGACGAAUCUCAUUCUCGUGAACGCCAUCUACUUCAAAGGAAACUGGGAUAAGCAGUUUAACAAGGAGCAGACCAAGGAGAGACCCUUUAAAGUCAGCAAGAAUGAGGAGAAACCUGUGCAAAUGAUGUUUAAGAAAUCUACUUUUAAAAUGACCUAUAUAGGAGAAAUAUUCACCCAAAUUCUGGUGCUUCCCUAUGUGAGCAAAGAGCUGAAUAUGAUCAUCCUGCUUCCAGACGAGAACACCGACCUGAGGACGGUGGAAAAAGAACUGACUUAUGAGAAAUUCGUCGAGUGGACGAGGCCAGACAUGAUGGACGAAGAAGAGGUGGAAGUUUUCCUGCCGAGGUUUAAACUGGAGGAAAACUACGACUUGGAGGCUGUGCUGCGCCGCCUGGGCAUGACCGACGCCUUCGAGCCAACCAGGGCCGACUUCUCCGGGAUGUCGUCCAGGAGAGACCUGCACCUGUCCAAGGUCGUGCACAAGUCCUUUGUGGAGGUCAACGAGGAGGGCACUGAGGCGGCGGCCGCCACCGCAGGCAUCAUGUUGAUGCGGUGCCUCCGAGUCACCCCCAGGUUCUGCGCCGACCACCCCUUCCUGUUCUUCAUCCAGCACAGCACAACCAGCGGCAUCCUGUUCUGCGGCCGGCUGUCCUCUCCAUGAGCGGCUGGAGGUCGCUGUGGGCCACCUCCUCCUUCCUCCUGCCACCCCACUGUUCCUGACACUCCACAUGUGCCUGCAGCCCAAGUGACCUUACCUAUGUAGUGGUGACAGUUCAGAAAUAAAGAGCCGAGUGUGAAAUUCCA